AUGGCACCUGUCCUUCGAGCAAGACAAAGCUUAUCAAAGGAUAAGUUCUCUGGCUACUUUGGCAACCUCAGAAGCCAGCCCUACAACGACCCCAACAACUCGCGGGGCUCGAAUCCCCAUAGAGCGAGGCUGAACGAGAUAGGGAACCCUGAAAAGCCUCAUGUGAAGUUUUCUACGGAGCUCAAGGGCCACUCAGCAUCUGUUGAGAAGGUCGCAUUCAACCCAACAAAGGAUGCAGAGCUUUGCAGUGUGAGCAGUGACGGCGUGGUCAAGUUCUGGGACGUGAGGACAAAGGCAUGCUUCAACGAGGUCAAAGGACUUGGGGACGCUUUUACUCUUGUCUGGGCACCAGACGGGAACACGCUUCUCGUUGGGAACAAGGCAGAUACCAUCUUCGUUCUAUCGCCAUCUCAGUCGACGCCUCUCAGCACGCAUCAACAGUCCGUGCAGACCAACCAGAUCGCAUUCUGUUGGAGCGGUGAGAAGAUCUUCGUGACUACAGCAGAAGGACGUAUCCGAGUCUUGUCAUACCCUGGGUUCCAACCUGUAUUGCAGAGCAAACACGGUGAAGAGACGGACGAGUUUGAGCUCAAUGGGCAUACUUCUUCGUGUCUGACUGCUGAUCUACAGCCUACGGGGCGGUAUCUGGCGACGGGAGGCUCAGACUCGAUUAUUGCAUUGUGGGAUACAACAGACUGGAUUUGCCAGCGAACAAUUACGAGGAUGGUCGGGCCAGUGAAGAGCCUCAGUGCGUUCCUUUGGUAUCGAUUUAUAGAUCCGGCCUGGAAGUAUCACAUGUCGAGACGGGAGACCAUGUCCACACGUUCAAGACAGCUGGUGCUUGUCCAGUAG